AUGUAUCCAUUGGAGAGGGCCAUUAUUCCUAUAAGGGAGGCUUCCCUGAAGGUCAUCAGUGUGGACAAGCUGUGCCGGAGGAAGAAGAUCAUGGGGAUAAAGGAGCCUUUACCACAUGUUGAAAAUAAGCCUUUGGCUCAAGUCCAGAAGCCACCCUCCAAGAUCAAGAACCUCAAAAUGACCCGACUUUUGCAUAAGGGUACAAACACCAACAUUACUUCACUCCCUUUUAUGUAUACCAAGGAGAAGAAGAAUGUGAUCAACCUCCCACACAUCAGCAACAAAAUUCUGCUGAAGCCUGGUGUGCUGUCCCGGGAAAUUCAAACACACAGUCAUAAGCUGGCCUCUGAGUACAAGGCUUUAGAAGCACCUUUCCACCCUAGCAUGAAGACUCAUGAACACAAGGUAGAAGAGAAACCACCAAAGAAGCACAAGGUGCCUCUGAUGGCAGCAGAAGCCCUAAAGAAUUUUAAGAGUAAGCUGUCUCCUUAUGAGCAAAGUGAAAUCCUGGGCUACACAGAGCUAUGGUUUCUGGGGCUUGAUGCUGAGAAACUCAAUGUGGCUCCAGAGAAAUUCAGCAAGACAAGUUUUGAUGAUGAACAUGGCUCCUAUCUGAAGGUCCUGCAUGACCACAUUGCCUACCGCUACGAGGUUCUGGAGAUGAUUGGAAAAGGGUCCUUUGGACAGGUGGCCAAGUGCUUGGAUCACAAAAACAAUGAGUUGGUGGCCCUGAAAAUCAUCAGGAACAAAAAGAGAUUUCACCACCAGGCCCUGGUGGAGCUUAGGAUCCUGGAAGCCCUCAGAAGGAAGGAUAAAGACAACAAGUACAAUGUGGUACACAUGAAGGACUUUUUCUACUUCCUGAAUCACUUCUGCAUCACCUUUGAACUUUUGGGAAUCAACUUGUAGGAGUUGAUGAAGAGUAAUAGCUUUCAAGGUUUCAAUCUAUCAGUAGUUCAGCGCUUCAUCCUCUCUGUCUUGAAGUGCUUGCAAAUGCUCUACGUAGAGAAAAUCAUCCACUGUGACCUCAAGCCUGAAAAUACAGUGCUAUACCAAAAGGGCCAAAUUGCAGUUAAAGUUAUUGACUUUGGGUCCAGUUGUUAUGAGCACCAGAAAGUAUACACCUAUAUCCAGAGCCGGUUCUACCAAUCCCCUGAGGUGAUUCUGGGUCACCCCUACAAUAUGGCCAUUGAUAUGUGGAGCCUGGGCUGCAUCUUGGCAGAGCUGUACAUGGGUUACCCUCUGAUCCCGGGGGAGAAUGAGGUGGAGCAGCUGGCCUGCAUCAUGGAGGCGCUGGGUCUGCCGCCAGCCCACUUCAUUCAGACGGCCUCCAGGAGACAAACGUUCUUUGCUGCCGCCUCUUCUCUGCCUCUGUCAUAA